CGGAUUGGCUGUUUUGGAGGAGACGUGUCCCCGGCCUCAGACCACGUGGCAUGGCGGGUUUUCCUUUUACGGCCACCACCGACCAUCGUAUCACCCUGAAUCGCGAACAGUGCUAUGUGAAAGAGAUACAAGACAAAGGCCGGGGUGUCUUUGCUUCACGCGCGAUACCAGCGCAGACGGUCAUCGAGACUAGUCCCGUCCUCCUGUUUACCAAGGACGAGUACCAAACACACGGGAAACACACUCUUCUCGAUCACUACACCUUUAGUUGGCGCGAUGGGCGUAUGGCUCUCGCCCUCGGGCUAGGCUCACUCUUCAACCACUCUGAGCGACCUAACGUGUCAUAUUCGAUUGACAUUGCAUGCGAUUGCAUCAUUUACACGUCAACACGUGCGAUUUGUGCGGACGAAGAACUCUGUAUAUUUUACGGCCACAAUCUUUGGUUUGAUCCCGUCGGCGUGCCUAAAGAGAGUGGCUCUCGAGUUGUGCUUGAAGCACCCGACCAGACGAUGCUCGAUGGGUGGGAUUGUCUCACGAACAUACAGGAAGACCCUCAUGCGGCUCGGGACCAUUUAAUGCCUGUUUUAUCCGGCGCCAUGGACGACGUGAUAAAUGAAAACGAGCUUCCUUUUGCCUGGAAGAAGUUAUCACUUGACAAGGAGGAGGAGGAAAUUAGUGACUUAGAACUCGUCCAGGCAUGGGUCGUCGACAUUCCGGACCAGAAGCACAUUACGGCUAUGCUUAAAUGGCUUAAAUGCUCUGGGCUAGACAUAGAAGCUUUGUCACACCUCAAACGUAUCCGAAGACAAGAACAGACGUCCACACUUCUGCUGGGUACAUCAAUACGACCCCCGGUUCUCCCCAGCAACGUUGCACUUGGUACACCAUAUCAGCUCCCCGUUCCGUGCAAUCCCGCCUUGACGCAAACCUCUCUACAUCUUAAGAAUACAUUUUGGCCGACUAUUUUAGCACCUCGAAGGAAGUGGGAACCCGAGAAGUGGACUAGAAGAAAACUAAUAUGGGCGCAUGACGCCGUCAAUGUCCUGAAGAAAGAAAGUCACGAGAUUACUGCGUCAAGUGGCGAACUCCCCAUUGUCGCCUACGUCCCGAAGUCAUACGACGACGAGAACAACCUGUCACAAUCCUUUAUCGCACACGACACGCGCACUUCUACACGGCAUCCCCUCCGGCAUGCUGCAUUAAAUGUCAUCCGCAAGGUUGCCGAUUUCCGUGUCACGCAACCAACCCCCCCGCGAGAGGAAGGAUUAACUCAAAUUCAAAAUAGUACUCAGUACCUCCUCACUGGUCUCUCACUCUUUAUCACGCACGAGCCGUGUAUCAUGUGCUCGAUGGCGUUGCUACACUCGAGGGUGAAGGAAGUCUUCUAUUUGUAUCCCAUGCCAAAGACUGGCGGUUGCGGCGGCACAGCGUGUAUACCAGCGCUCAAGGGUGUGAACCAUCGAUUUACCAUAGCCAUUUGGAAAGGCGAUUGCGAUGCUGGGGAAGAUGAUAUCAUUUCCCUUGCUUCUGAAAUAGAUGCUUGAUCCCAUGGAUAGCGAGCUGAUAGGCUUGAACGAUGAUAUCGAAGACGCGCCAGGGGUUCAUUGAUGGUCACAGGUACUCUGGGUUAAGGCAGUACGAUGUGCGAAACCUGGCUGCAAGGCCCUGUGUCAGACUACACUAAUCACUUGAUAGGUCAUGAUCAAGUUGCCGUGAUCGUAGGAUACCUGUGGACGGUUCUCUCUGUCAUCUGCACAGGUAGCGAGGGCCAUUGAGACCCAACAGCCCCAUGUAAUAAAACAAUAUGCACUGCUUCACACUGGGCAUGGACGAAAGGCUGCAGAGAAUUGAAACCGACUACACGUCGCAACAACCUUCAGCAUCUGUAAACCCUGACAACCAGCCAUCUCAGUAUUAUCGACUGCGAGUUUUGCCGCAGGU